CGCGCGGCGAGGCCUUCCGACUAGGACAUACAUCUAUCGCGCCUUUAUCGAAAUUCAUAGAGGUUUUUAGGAUGUCGAAAUGUGUCAAAGGCAAACUUAAAGAUCCCCGGACAUGUCGAAUCUUCUUCUCCUCGCCUUUUGGGGGAAUGGAGGAGGAGCGGGACGAACUAACGCGGAAAUACUUCCCCCAACUGCAACACCUGUGCAGCUCGCGAGGGGUGCAGUUUGUGCCCGUUGACAUGCGGUGGGGCAUUACAUCAGAGGCUGCCGACAAAGCUCAGACCGUCAACAUAUGUCUGAAAGAGGUGGACAGAUGCGACAUAUUCGUCGGAUUCUACGGACAGAGGUAUGGGUGGCACGGCCUCCAGGACAAAGCUCUCCAGCAGAACAUAGACAACGCACUGAGUCGAUUCCCCUGGCUGAAGGACAAGCGGAACUGUAGCGUGACGGAGCUGGAGUUCCUGCACGGGCACCUCAACAAGCCCGGGGCUACUCCAGCAUGCUUCUGCUUCAGGGAUAAGGGCUAUGAUGAUGGGAAAGCAUCGAGUCUGGAGAAGGCUGGAGACAAGAAGGGAGCUGCCAAGUUCCAGUGCGAGAGCGCUGAUGCCAGGAAGAGACUGGACAGUCUCAGACAUAAAGUUGAGGCCACCAAAAACAAGACAAUAUCGGUGCAUAUGGAUUACUUCUCACCAGAGGAGGGAGCCAACCACAUGUUCAACGCCAUCUGGGAGUACUUGACCAAGGUGCUGCUGACCGAGGAGGAUGAGGAGAUGAGCAGGGUGACAGAACGCCAGGCGGAGCAGGCAGAUCAUGACAAGUUCCAGGCUGCAAGACAGAGCUUGUAUGUAGGGGGAGACAAGUACUUCAAGCAGCUGGACAAGGCACUCCUGUCAGGUGCUGCAGAGAGAGUGCUAGUGACCGGGGAGGCAGGGCAGGGCAAGUCCGCAUUGCUGGCCAACUGGGUCGGCCACGUGAAAAAGACACAGCCUAGAACCAUUGUUAUCAGCCACUACAUUGGCUGCAGCCAGUUCAGUGACAAGGCUGUGAACAUCUUGAGGAGACUUGUGGUGGCGAUAACCCAACACCUUGAUGUGAAGGACAAGGGGCAUGCUGUCACUCGAUACAGCAAACUGGACAUUCAGGAGAUGAUGGCAGACCUUCAAACAUGCCUGCAGAGGGCGGAGAAGGCUAAACUUAUUGUUGUCAUGGUGAUAGACGGCCUGAACAAAAUGGAGACACCUGGCAAGACGACAAAGGCACUGUUCUGGUGGCCAGAUGCACUACCUAAGACAGUGAAGGUGGUGUUGUCCACCAUUGACACAGACACUGCAGCGUUGGAGGAGCUAGUGACACGCCGACAAUACCGCCGCCUCACUGUUGGGGAUCUGGAAGUUACACAAAGAAAACAAAUCUGUGAGAAAGCCCUUGGUGGUUAUGGCAAGGCUCUGUCCAAACAGCAGCUGCAGAGAGUCGUGGACAGCAGACACACCAGCAGCCCCCUCUACCUCAACAUCCUCGUCGCGGAGCUGGAGAAGUUCGGCUCCUUCCGCCAGCUGGAUGACAAGCUCAACUCUCUCCUCAAGUCUGACAGCAUUGAAGAACUGUGUGCCUUACUCCUAGAGAGGUUAGAAAGUGACUACAACACUACAGAGUACCCACGUGUUGUACAGAUGGUGUUUCAGCUGCUUCAAGUUGCACAUGAGGGCCUGUCUGAGAGUGAGAUCACAGAGAUAUUGGACAUUCCUAUCACUAUCUGGCUGCCGCUGUAUUGUGCACUGGAACAGUUUAUAGUUUUAAGAUCAGGCUUGCUCAGGUUCUCCUUCCCACAACUUGGGCAUGCUGUGGAGCAGCGGUACCUCACGUCUACACAAGACAGGUCAUCAGCCAUCAAGAUUUUGAUAAAGUUUUUCGGAGACAAACGUAAGAGCCACCCGGUCUGGCCACAAGUGCCUUAUUCAAUACGGAAACGUCCUGCAUUUGAGUUACCAUGGUUACAAGAAGAACUUGGAGACAAAGCAGAGCUCAGCACGACUCUGACUGAUCUGAAUGUGCUCCACACACUCGUUAAGGUGGAUGAGUACAGCUUGCUGGAGCUGUGGAAGGCUACUGGUCACUCGCUGACCGAUGUGACCACCUGGUACUUGAAGGCCUAUGAUGAGGCGGUGAAGGAGCUCAGCAUGACACUGCAGAACACGGGGGUGAAGCCAGCAGGUAGAACAGCCCCACCUGCACAGAACAAGGGGGUGAAGCCAGCAGGGGGAACAGCCCCACCUGCACAGAAGCUCCUGUUUCACCUGGAGAAUGUGCGCUACUUCAUGGACCUGGCUGGAUGCAAGGAAGGGGUUGCCAGAGCUGGACACAAGAUCAUCCAGACAUUAGAGAAGCUGCAGGGUCAGUGUGAGGAGAACGUCAGGCAAGACCUUCUUUCUGAACACCGCUACUACCUAGCCUGUUGUCUGUGUGACAGGGGCGAAUACAGGGAGGCAGAGACACUACACACACAGGUCAUCCAGUACUGGAGGGGCACAAUAACCAGUGGAGUGGUGGACAUCAAACAGGCUGAGACAAAACUAGCAUGGGCUCUGAAUGGACAAGGCUUGGUAUACUUUCAGCAGCAGCAGUACACAGAGGCUGAGCCCCUACUGAGAGAGUCUGAAUGCUACCACAAGAAACAUGGCAACAAGAGGAAUGAGGCUGACUGCCUGGUGAACCUGGGCCUAGUGCAGCUGAAAACAGACAACCCCCAGAAGGCUGCAGACAAGUUCCUUGCCGCUCUCAAGUUGUACGAAGCUGUCCACUAUGACUCUGUCCCGCACACCAUUGGAAACCUGUACACCAACCUGGGCCUGGCCUACAAACACAUGAACAAACUUGACUUGGCAGAGAAGUACUACUUCAAGUCCGUAGAGGUGAAGGCCAAGUCAGUUGGGGAGGAGCACCCUGCCCUGGCUGCAGCCUACUUGAACCUGGGAACCCUGGAGGGGGCUCGCAAACACUGGGCGCGGGUGGAGGAGUACACACUGAAAGCACAUGUCAUCUACAAGGUGAAUGACUAUGGCGCUAGCAGCAAGGAGUUCCGCAACUGCCUGGAGAACCUAGUCAACUGUUACUUACACCAGGGGAAGUAUGAAGUAGCCACACCCUUCUACUGGACUGUAUUCAAUGCCCUUACCUCCCAAGGGCGGAUGUGUGAGUGCCUGGCAUGGGUACACAACUCUAUGGCCAAACACUACCUGGACAUUAAGCAGUAUGAUCAAGCAGACCGUAUUCUGAAAGCACUGGUCCAUAGUCCGAAGAAGACAGCCGCUACAUUUGUCUACAUUGACCAGCUUGACCAGGCCAGACCAGCCAACACCAGACCUAAGCGCCUCAAAGAAGAAACACUUGACCAUGGCCUGACUGUUUACCCAAACAACCUACACCUGUUGAAGCAAAAAGCUACAACAGUGUUCAUCUCUAGUGGGGAUGUGGACGGAGCCAUGAAGUACUGGAGCUCUGUGGGAGCCAGGGCGGAGCACUAUGCUUCCCUUGUGGAGUGGUGUCAAGAAGCGGGCCAGUCACACAUGGCAGCAGAUAUACUUCAGCAGGCCCUCCAACUCUUCCCUGACUUAGGUUGAUGUGUGAUGACCUCUCUUGUGUUGUUCGGGUUGAUGUGCCAGACCAAGUGAGGUGACCUCUCUUUUCCUGAUCUGCCCUCAAGCUGUCAGGUCCAAGCUCCGGAGUGACAACUCACUUCCAACAAACAUCCAAAGAAGGAGAUAAGAGAUGGGACCUGGUUUUGCCUGCUGAAAAUGAUAACGAAACAUUUACAUAAAAAAUUUAUGUUUGAAGGAACUAGAAUUUUUUUCUUUUAUAUAUACAUGUAAAGGAGCAAGUUUGGGAGAUAACCUCACAAAAUCUCUGACCAAAUGUCACAAAUGUAAUUUCAGUACAAUUAAUCCUCACUUAACUGUAUAUGUCCUGAUUAACGUGUUUUUGCAUAUCUUUUGUUGAUUGACCAAGGUGACUUUGGUACAAUGUGCUGUGCAGACUGACCAUGGUGACUGUGGUACAAUGUGCUGUGUAGACUGACCAUGGUGACUGUGGUACAAUGUGCUGUGCAGACUGACAAAGGUGACUGUGGUACAAUGUGCUGUGCAGACUGACCAAGGUGACUGUGGUACAAUGUGCUGUGCAGACUGACCAUGGUGGCUGUGGUACAAUGUGCUGUGCAGACUGACCAAGGUGACUGUGGUACAAUGUGCUGUGCAGACUGACCAUGGUGACUGUGGUACAAUGUUCUGUGCAGACUGACCAUGGUGACUGUGGUACAAUGUUCUGUGCAGACUGACCAAGGUGACUGUGGUACAAUGUGCUGUGCAGACUGACCAUGGUGGCUGUGGUACAGUGUACUGUGCAGACUGACCAAGGUGACUGUGGUACAAUGUGCUGUGCAGACUGACCAUGGUGGCUGUGGUACAGUGUACUGUGCAGACUGACAAAGGUGACUGUGGUACAAUGUGCUGUGCAGACUGACCAAGGUGACUGUGGUACAAUGUGCUGUGCAGACUGACCAAGGUGACUGUGGUACAAUGUGCUGUGCAGACUGACCAUGGUGGCUGUGGUACAAUGUGCUGUGCAGACUGACCAUGGUGACUGUUGUACAAUGUGCUGUGCAGACUGACAAAGGUGACUGUGGUACAAUGUGCUGUGCAGACUGACCAUGGUGGCUGUGGUACAGUGUACUGUGCAGACUGACCAAGGUGACUGUGGUACAAUGUGCUGUGCAGACUGACCAAGGUGACUGUGGUACAGUGUACUGUGCAGACUGACCAUGGUGGCUGUGGUAUAUCAUUGAGUAUGCUUAAGAGAUUAAUGAUGUUUUAGGCAUGCUAGAAAAGGUUUAAUGUGGUUGCUUCUGUUUUUGAUUUUAUGCCAAACACAUUUCCAGUUAAUGUGAGUUUGUGUUUAUAGUUUGUAAAAUGUUUCCUCCGUUACAGCGAAAUGACAUCUAGCUGCAUGAUAUGUGUCAUCAUUAUUGCUGUUCAGUCCUUAUCAGCAGGACGAGUACUGCAGAAACUACUUCCUGCUGAAUGGCUGCCUUUGUUUUACUGUUUGAAUCUGCUGUCUGCAUGCAGGUGACAUGCAGCACCAUAGCCAUCCUGGUUAACACCAUGUCACCGGGAUCCAGCAGAAUCUGCUGUCCACAUGCAGGUGACAUGCAGCACCAUGGCCCUCCUGGUUAACAUCAUGUCACCGGGAUCCAGCAGAAUCUGCUGUCUGCAUGCAGGUGACAUGCAGCACCAUGGCCCUCCUGGUUAACACCAUGUCACCGGGAUCCAGCAGAAUCUGCUGUCCACAUGCAGGUGACAAUUGCAGCACCAUGGCCCUCCUGGUUAACACCAUGUCACCGGGAUCCAGCAGAAUCUGCUGUCCACAUGCAGGUGACAUGCAGCACCAUGGCCCUCCUGGUUAACACCAUGUCACCGGGAUCCAGCAGAAUCUGCUGUCCACAUGCAGGUGACAUGCAGCACCAUGGCCCUCCUGGUUAACACCAUGUCACCGGGAUCCAGCAGAAUCUGCUGUCCACAUGCAGGUGACAUGCAGCACCAUGGCCCUCCUGGUUAACAUCAUGUCACCGGGAUCCAGCAGAAUCUGCUGUCCACAUGCAGGUGACAAUUGCAGCACCAUGGCCCUCCUGGUUAACACCAUGUCACCGGGAUCCAGCAGAAUCUGCUGUCCACAUGCAGGUGACAUGCAGCACCAUGGCCCUCCUGGUUAACACCAUGUCACCGGGAUCCAGCAGAAUCUGCUGUCCACAUGCAGGUGACAUGCAGCACCAUGGCCCUCCUGGUUAACAUCAUGUCACCGGGAUCCAGCAGAAUCUGCUGUCUGCAUGCAGGUGACAUGCAGCACCAUGGCCCUCCUGGUUAACACCAUGUCACCGGGAUCCAGCAGAAUCUGCUGUCCACAUGCAGGUGACAUGCAGCACCAUGGCCCUCCUGGUUAACACCAUGUCACCGGGAUCCAGCAGAAUCUGCUGUCCACAUGCAGGUGACAUGCAGCACCAUGGCCCUCCUGGUUAACAUCAUGUCACCGGGAUCCAGCAGAAUCUGCUGUCUGCAUGCAGGUGACAUGCAGCACCAUGGCCCUCCUGGUUAACACCAUGUCACCGGGAUCCAGCAGAAUCUGCUGUCCACAUGCAGGUGACAUGCAGCACCAUGGCCCUCCUGGUUAACACCAUGUCACCGGGAUCCAGCAGAAUCUGCUGUCCACAUGCAGGUGACAUGCAGCACCAUGGCCCUCCUGGUUAACAUCAUGUCACCGGGAUCCAGCAGAAUCUGCUGUCUGCAUGCAGGUGACAUGCAGCACCAUGGCCCUCCUGGUUAACACCAUGUCACCGGGAUCCAGCAGAAUCUGCUGUCCACAUGCAGGUGACGUGCAGCACCAUGGCCCUCCUGGUUAACACCAUGUCACCGGGAUCCAGCAGAAUCUGCUGUCCACAUGCAGGUGACAUGCAGCACCAUGGCCCUCCUGGUUAAAACCAUGCCAUCGGGAUCCAGCAGAAUCUGCUGUCCACAUGCAGGUGACAUGCAGCACCAUGGCCCUCCUGGUUAACACCAUGUCACCGGGAUCCAGCAGAAUCUGCUGUCCACAUGCAGGUGACAUGCAGCACCAUGGCCCUCCUGGUUAACACCAUGUCACCGGGAUCCAGCAGAAUCUGCUGUCCACAUGCAGGUGACAUGCAGCACCAUGGCCCUCCUGGUUAACACCAUGUCACCAGGAUCCAGCAGAAUCUGCUGUCCACAUGCAGGUGACAUGCAGCACCAUGGCCCUCCUGGUUAACACCAUGUCAUCGGGAUCCAGCAGAAUCUGCUGUCCACAUGCAGGUGACAUGCAGCACCAUGGCCCUCCUGGUUAACACCAUGUCACCGGGAUCCAGCAGAAUCUGCUGUCCACAUGCAGGUGACAUGCAGCACCAUGGCCCUCCUGGUUAACACCAUGUCACCGGGAUCCAGCAGAAUCUGCUGUCCACAUGCAGGUGACAUGCAGCACCAUGGCCCUCCUGGUUAACACCAUGGCCCUCCUGGUUAACACCAUGGCCCUCCUGGUUAACACCAUGGCCCUCCU